AUGUUAAGAUCAGGUUUAAGAAAAUCAAUGUUAGCCCAAAGUGCUAGAUUCUAUAAUGUGUCUGCUGUUGAUACUCCAAGUGCAGUUUCUUCCUUAGCUGUCAGAGUCCGUGGUGGUUCAAGAUAUUCUGAUAAGGAUGGUGUUUCUCAUUUGUUAUCUAGAUUUAAUUACCAAGAUACCGCUGAAAAAUCCUCUCUAAGAUUAGUAAGAGAAUCUGAAUUGUUGGGUGGUAAAUUACAAUCUACUGUCGAUAGAGAAUAUAUCACUUUAUCUGCUCAAUUCUUGAAACAAGAUUUACCUUAUUUUGUCGAAGCUAUUGGCAAUGUUUUAUCUAAAACUUCAUUCAAUAAAUGGGAAUUAACAGAAUCUGUCUUACCAGCAGCUCAACGUGAUUUCCAAGUCUCUCUUUUAGACUCUGUUAAGACUGCUGAAAAUGGGUUAUUCAACCUUACUUUCAGAAACAGUGAUGGUUUGGGUAAGCCAGUCUUAUAUGACGGUAUAGAAGAAAUCAAUGUUGAUGAUAUUAAAAACUUCUCUCAAAAGAUAUAUACAAAGGAAAAUAUUGAAAUCGUUGGUAGAGCCGUCAAUGAAGCCGACUUGAAAAAAUUCGUAGAAGAAUCAGCAAUCUCUCAAUUGCCAACAGGUACAUCUUUGGCUAGCUCUCAACCACCAAAGACUUUCAGUGGCGAAGCCAGAUAUAGAUCUGCUGUUUUGGGUGAAAACGUCUGUGGUAUUAGUGUACCUGUCAAGAAAGAACAAUUCGAUGAAUUUGAAGUCUUGGCCAACUAUUUGAAAUCUCCAUUAAGUGGUGAUUCAAUUUAUAAAACUGUUGAUGAUUGUCAAUUACUAAGAUUCAAUGAUAUUGGUCUCUUUACAUUAUAUGUCAAGGGAACUGAUCCAGCUCAAGUAGGUACUAAUAUCAAGGCUAUUGUCAAUCAAUUAAAACAAGGCCAAGAUAUCACCAAGGCAAUUGAAUUAACCAGAACAGCUGUUUCGAUUGAAAAUGCCUCUGUUGCAAAUGUUAACUUAGUCGAAAAACAAUUGGGUGAUCUUUCCAAGAUAAAGGAAUUCAAAUUGAACGAAUUCAGUUACGUUGCCGUUGGUAAUGUUUCCAAAUUGCCAUUCAAAGAUGAAUUAUAA